CACGGAAAUUUUUCCGCUCCCAACAUGUAAAAUUUAGUAAACAUGUCUAUGCAACUUAAAAAUUAUCUGUAGCGAAACGUGUUCUGUAACAAAUUUUGUUAUAAAAUUAGUUAUGGCAACUCCAACUCGUCGUUUGUGGACAACCAUUUUUAAAGAUAAAAGAGUUUUCCCAGCAGUUCUAAAAAAGGCUUCUUAUAAUAUUAAUGCACAUUCGUGCUGUCUUCUAUUACCUAACAGACCAAAAUAUUUUCUACCUCAAUCAUCACUUAAAAGACAUCUUCAUUCAACUGCAUCAUUGAACAAGAAAGAUUACUACAAAAUUUUGGGCGUUCAGAAAGGAGCUUCUGCUACAGAUAUCAAGAAAGCAUAUUAUCAAUUAGCUAAACAAUACCAUCCAGAUACAAAUAAAGACAAAACUGCAUUAGAAAAGUUUCAAGAAAUUCAACAAGCAUAUGAAAUUUUAAGUGAUGAAUCUAAACGAUCUGCCUAUGAUCAAUUCGGUCAAACAGAUUUUGCUGGUGCUAAAGGUGGAGGAGGUGGCUACCAAAAUCCAUUUCAAGAUGCAAAUAUUGAUGAGAUUUUUAAGCAGUUUUUUGGCGGAAAUAAAGCUAGUGGUUUUUCUUCUUCAUUUGGAUUCGAAGAUGCUAGAUCGACGCAACAAUACGUUAUGAAUUUGUCAUUUAUGGAAUCUGUUAAAGGAGUUAAUAAAGAUAUAAGAGUACAAAUACAAAAUAUAUGUAAUAGAUGCAAUGGAAAAAAAGCUGAACCUGGGUCUACUGCUCAAAAAUGUUCAAAAUGUAAUGGAUCAGGCGAAGAAGUUUUAUCAAAUGGUUUUUUUAAUAUGAGAUCAACUUGUCGUCGUUGUCAAGGUCAAGGUUCAAUUGUAAAUAACCCAUGUCGUAAAUGUACUGGAAAAGGCACUGUACUUGAAGACAAAGUUAUUACUGUUCCUGUGCCGGCUGGUAUUGAAGAUGGACAAACAGUCAGAGUACCUGUUUCUCACGGUGAACUUUUUGUUACUUUUAAGGUUGCAAAAAGCAAAAUAUUUGAGCGUGUGGGCACUGAUGUUUACUCUGAUUUGUCUGUUCAUUUUACUCAAGCUAUUCUUGGGGGAACUCAAGUUGUGCCUGGUAUACAUGGUGAUGUUGAGAUAACACUUCUUCCUGGCACACAAUCACACCAACAAAUGCGCCUUAUUGGUAAAGGAAUACCGCGGUUAAAUGGUCAUGGAAAUGGCGAUCAUUAUUUACAAAUCAAAAUACAUUUACCCAAAUAUCUCACUGAAGAACAAAAAAAAUUAAUUGUUAAAUUUGCUGAGAUGGAUGACACCAUCCAAGGAAGUGUUCGUGGUGUUGACAGGGGAAAAAGUAAACAUAAACCACAUGAAGAAAAUACUUCAAAUAGUAAUGAAGGUCGAAAUGCAUCAUUCACAGAAGAAACCAGUUCAAAGAAAAAGGAGGAAAAUGAAGGUACUGAGGAUUCAGAGAAAUUAAUAUUUAAAAUGGACCCAGAACAGGCGAGGAUGGUUAUGAUCCUUGCUGGGCUAACUUUCAUAUGCCUAUUAACUUAUAUGCUAUCUAGUGAUCUUGAAUAAUAGGUGAUUGAGUAAGAGAGAAAUAUUAAAAAAGGAAUUUGGUGUUAAGAAGAAAUCUUCUGUUUUAGAGCUGAACGUCAAUGAUAAAGACAAAAAGAUCAAAAGUCGUGUCUAGUUACAACGAGUUUGCAGCCCUCGAUUCCAAAAGAGAAAACUUUUCGAUAACAAAGUUUAGCGAUUCUUAAUUUCAGGUCAUAAUCCAUAUAUAUAUAUAUAUAUAUAUAUAUAUAUAUAUAUAUAUAUAUAUAUAUAUAUAUAUAUAUAUAUAUAUAUAUAUAUAUAUAUAUAUAUAUAUAUAUAUAUAUCCCAUGUCAUGGUAAGAACGAAAUAUAGUUAAAAUUGUUCGAUUUGCCUAUAAAUGAUUAGAUAGAGAAUGAAAUUUUCUUUUUCUUUUUUUUUUCAAACUGUGGUACGAUCAUAAAUAUACACAAGUUUGAUAAGAAUAUUUGAGAUAAAGGUUUUUUUAAAGAAUAACUUUUAAAAGAACCUCUUAUAGUUGUAGGGUUUAGUUAAAUAAAAACAAACUUUGAAUAAUAAAAACAAAUAUAAAAACAAACUAAUCAAUGCUUCAGGGGUCGUCCACAAAUUACGUCACGCAAUUUUUGACCGCUUUUAACGGUUUCACCCCCACCCCAUCCGCCCCCUCCUUGUCGCAACAUCGUAACUCUUUAGUAACAAGUUCCGUAUGAGGAGUCGUCAAAAAACCACUAACUUCUUCCCUCCCCCCUUGAAGUGUGACGUGAUUUAUGGACGACUCCUUAAUGCAUUCAACCGAUGAGCAGUUAAGUCAUUAAUAUAGUUCAAAGUUAAGCAGUUUAACUUUUUUUAACUACUUUUAAAAUCCUCAUAUCUUUUUAUUCAAAAUUUAUAUGCAUAUUUACUAACUUAAGUUGUUCUUUUUUCGAAAUAAACGCACAGUUUGUAUUGUUUUA